AUGAGGGAGAGGCUGCGCCGGGGGACGGAGGAGGACUCCAAGUCGGUGCAGCAGUAUGUGCCGGGGGUGCGGGUGGAGUUCCCGCGGCCUCUCAAUUCCGCCAGUCUGCACCCGACCAGGGCCCUGCAGCCCUCCAGCACCGACCCGUCGGAGCAGCAACCAGGAGUCCCCACAGACAGGAACGGGGCAGAGCCCCAGGCCAACCUCACCACCGUGUCCGAUAAGCGGCUGCAGAUCCAGAACCCCCUGUACCCGGUGACAGAGAGCUCCUACAGCGCCUACGCUGUCAUGUUCCUGUCCCUCAUCGUCUUCGCGGUGGGCAUCAUUGGAAACCUCUCUGUGAUGUGCAUCGUGUGGCACAACUACUACAUGAAGAGUGCCUGGAACUCCAUCCUGGCCAGCCUGGCUUUCUGGGACUUCCUCAUCCUCUUCUUCUGCCUGCCUGUGGUCAUCUUCAAUGAAAUCACCAAGAAGAGGCUGCUGGGGGACGUGUCCUGUCGCAUUGUGCCGUUCAUGGAGGUGUCAUCACUGGGAGUCACCACCUUCAGCCUCUGUGCCCUGGGCAUCGACAGGUUCCAUGCAGCCACCAGCCCCCAGACCAGCACCCGGCCCAUCGAGCAUUGCCAGUCUAUCAUCGCCAAGCUGGCUGUCAUCUGGGUGGGCUCCAUGACGCUGUCGGUGCCAGAGGUCCUGCUCUGGCAGCUGGCACAGGACACAUCGCCCGUGUCCGGCAUGGUGACAGAGUAUUGCACCAUGAAGCCCUCGUCCAACCUGCCUGAGUCUGUCUACUCACUGGUGCUCACCUACCAGAAUGCUCGGAUGUGGUGGUACUUUGGCUGCUACUUCUGCCUGCCCAUCCUCUUCACCAUCAGCUGCCAGCUGGUGACGCGGCGCAUCCGCAGCACCGAGAAGAAGAGUGAGUGCCGGGGGACCAAGCACGGCCAGUGCGAGAGUCACCUGAACUGCACCAUCAUCGGGCUGACCAUCAUCUAUGGGCUCUGCACCACCCCCGAGAAUGUCUGCAACAUCGUGGUGGCCUACAUGUCCCCCGACAUGUCCAAGCAGACCUUGGACCUGCUCAACCUCAUCAAUCAGUUCUUCCUGUUCUUCAAGUGCUCGGUGACACCGGUCCUGCUCCUGUGCCUCUGUCGCCCACUGGGCCAGGCCUUCAUGGACUGCUGCUGCUGCUGCUGUGAGGGCUGCGGCCCUGACACCACCUCCAGCGAAGGCAGCGCUGACAGCAAGCUCAAAACCGAGAUGUCCUCCUCUAUCUUCUUCGACAAGCCCCGGGAGACCCCCCCACCCCUCCUGGCUCUUGGCACUCCAUGCUAAGGGCCACCGGGGAGCUGUAGAGAUCGUUCCACCACCUCCUCCCAAGACCAAACAUUGUUUUGUUGUUAGUGCCCGUGUUUGAACAUGGAACAAGCAGAAGAGAUGGCUCAGGGGGCUGUGCUGUGGGCUUCAAACCCUGCAUUGGGCAGGUGGGGCUUGAAGUCCCAGUCCCUGUGGCUACAUCGGUGACCUUCUUGCCUCUGCCUAAAGGCCAGCAAGGACAUCAGCACCCUCCUGUCCUGGCUGCCUGGCUGGGCUCCACAGGGUUGCUGCUCUGGAGAGAAGAGUUCUGGUCCCAUCUGAAAUCACAG